CUUAUCAUUCGCUUUGACUUCGCCGCUUGCUUUGCUUUCAAGAGACGGAGACAAAAACACACACGACGAAGAAAUCUCCCGGUGGUCGAAGAAGAUGAAAUCGUUCAAGGAACAAUACACGUUAGGUGAAAGGCUCGCAGAAUCGCGAGAGAUAAUCGCUAAGUACCCUACUCGGAUUCCUGUAAUUGCAGAGAAGUAUUGCAAAACAGAUCUACCUGCGAUCGAGAAAAAGAAGUUUCUGGUUCCAAGAGAUAUGUCAGUUGGUCAAUUCAUCUAUAUCUUGAGUGCUAGGUUACAUUUAUCUCCUGGUAAAGCGUUAUUCGUGUUUGUGAACAACACUCUGCCUCAAACUGCUGCUCUGAUGGACUCUGUCUAUGAGUCUUACAAAGACGAAGAUGGGUUUGUUUACAUGUGCUAUAGCAGUGAGAAAACCUUUGGCUGAGCCAAAAUGAUGUUAGUGUACAUAUACUUUGAAACAUAAGCUGUUCACUACAUUGAAAGACACAAACUCUUGUUAAGCUUAUAUGACUGCUUGUUUUAUCCUUAGACUUUGUUCAUCUGUGCAAAUGUUUCUACUACAA